GUCCAGUCUCGGGCGCGGAAGUCGCAAGUCGCAAGCGCUUAUGGCGCGUAUGGCCUUGGCGCAUGGCUCGCCAUGACGAACUGGCUGGAAGGCUUGUCCCCUGCGGUGCUGCGAGCGCUGCAUUGGACUCUUAGUGGGAGCGAGGAGGCGAAGCGCCAGGCGCUGCUGCGGCCGCUGGUGGAGGAGCUGCGGAGUGGCCUGGCGGUGGUGCAGCUUCUUGGCCCGAGGCUAGCGGAAGAAGCUGACUCGGGUGCUGCGGCUUCUCCAGGGGCGCCUGCUGGGAAGACAUCCAAGCCCAAGCGGAAGUUGCAGAAGGCCCAGCUGCGGCUGCAGAACGCCAAGGGCCUGCAGACCCCUCUGCACUGGCUCUGUGCGCGGGAUGUGCUGGAGGGGGCAGAACUGGGAGGCUGGCCCUCGGCGUCCGGGCCUUGCCCGGCCUCGCUGGCGAGGGCGCUGGCAAAGCUCUGGGCGGAGCAGCUGCUGCUGCCGGACGUCCUGGGACUGUUGCCCGUGAGCUACUUGACCCCGCCAAUCUGCGAGGAUCACUUGCCUCACAGCCCCCAGAGAGAGCUGCUGGUGACGGUGCUGCAAAGUUUGGAGGCCUGGACCUCGCAGCUUCCGGAGGCGGUGCUCAGGGCGCUGACCCCCCCCGAGGCGCGGCGGAGUUUGGAUUCCGCGCUGCAAAGGCUCGCCGCCACGGGCGACGGCUCACAGGGGCUCCGAGUGGACUGCCUGCAGGCCUUGCUGCGCCCGGACUGCCAGGCCGCCGCCCGCGGCGCCGCCCAAGCCGCGGCGCUGGAGUGCCGGGAGCAGCGGCGCGACGCCCGGCGCCUGGCGCAGCAGGACGUCCGGGCGCGGCUGGCCGCGCUGCGCCGCGCGGCGGGCCCCGCGCGUGGCGCCGCGAGUGGCGGCCGCUCUUCGGCGGACUGGCCCCAGCGCCGUGCGGCCUACGAGGAGCGGCUCGCCCAGCUGCGCUUCGAGCUGGGCCGGGUGCCGGAGCGGGAGCUGGAGGUGCAGGAGGUGACGGAGCCGGCGCCGGGCACUGACUAUGCCCCCGCGCCGCUCCGGGAGCCCCAGGGCGCCAGCGAGGCUGAGGCGCUGGUGGCGCUGCUUCAACGCCAGCGCCUCGGCGGCGCGGCCAACGCGCUGCGCCAGGCGCUGGGCGCCGCGGUGGAGCGCCUGGCCGUGGACCUCUACGAAAUGGAGAGCCACUUCGUUUACGAGCUGGUGCAGAACGCGGAUGACAACCGCUACGGCGAUGUCUCGCCCUGGCUACGGCUGGAGCUGUGCCAGGACGAGGGCGCCAGCUUCUUCUUCUCGGUCAACAACGAGGUCGGUCUUAGCGCGCAGGACCUGCGUGCGCUCUGCGACGUGAACGCCAGCUCGAAGAAGGGCCAGAAGGGCGUCACCGGGCACAAGGGCAUCGGCUGGAAGAGCUGCUUCCAGGUCUCGGAUUGCCCGUAUAUGCUGUCCGGCUGCUUCACCAUCAAGUUCGACCUUGCGGCGCACGGGAAGAUGGGCUUUGUGACACCCAGCUGGGUGGAUGACAAGGAGCUUGCAUCGUUGCCCGCUGCGGUGCAAGACGCCUACUACGCUGGGAACACGGUGACGUACCUGCCGCUCAGGAGCGGCGCAGAGGCGGGCGUGGAGCUGGCCCUGGCGGAUCUGGAGGAGAGCCGGCCCUGCCUACUCUUCCUACGGCGGCUCAGGCAUUUGGAGUUGCACUCUUCCAAGCGCCGGGUUUCCCUGGACUGCGAGGAGGAGGGCCCUCACCAUCAAGCAGUUCUCCUGCGCGACGACGAAGGUGUUGAGCGCAGAUGCUUCUUGGUGUAUCGGCACAAUGUUCGGCUGGAGCAGAAGGAGGUGUGCCUCACUCUGGCGUUCCCCAAGCAGGAGGACCCGGGGAAGCUGCCGCCGCAGGCACUCUACUGCACGCUGCCAGUGCGGAAGCUGAGCUUCGGGUUCUGCGUGGAGGGGCCCUUUGAGCUGGUGGCCAGCCGCGGGGAUAUCCACGAGGGCAGCCGUGUGAACCAGGCGCUGUGCCGAGCCCUGCCCGGCGCCUUUGCCGGUGCGCUGGAGAUGCACCCGGACCUGCAGCAGCGCGCCUUGGCCUUCCUCGGCCUGGCGCCGGCGUCGCCCUUCUGGCGCGUGGUGCACAGCAGCCUCUCGGAGCAGCUGCAGGGCACCGCCUGCGUGCCGCUGGAGGACGGCGGCCUGGAGCGGCCUGAGAACUGCCUGCUGCGGCCCAGUGGAGGCAGCGCCCUGGAGGCGGCGCGGCUUCUGCCGCCCGCGCUGCUGUGGCUCGGCUGCCGGCGCCGCCUGGCGGCGCCCAACUCCGGGGCCCACGGACUGGAGGAGCUGGGGUUCCAACACUGGCUGCAGAUUCUGCGGCACCGAGAUGAAGGUUGGCCCCAGGGCCUCUUGGGCAGCUGGCUGGAGAAGGAGGAAUUCCAGGCGUUCAAGGUGUUCUUCGCCUACCUGGGAGAGGUUCUGAGCUCGGCGGAGGAUCCGGCCGAGGUGCUGCAGCAGCUGUGGGCCGUCGAGCUGCUGCCAGCAGAUUGCAAGGAGCGGCGCCUCUUCGGGCUCAGCGAGGGCCCAGUGUUCUGCCGAGGGCCGGAGGCGGCUUUGGACCCGGCGGUGCGGCGGCUCUGCGAGGAGGGCGUGCUGCGGGUGCUGCACGAGGCCGCGUGGCGGCCCGGCGCCUUUCUGAGCGCCGCCUGCGCGCCGCUGACCGCCGCGGCGCUGAUGGAGGCGUGCGCCCGGCACCACACGCUGGAGAGCCUCACGCCGGAGGUCGCGUGGACCAGCCUGUCGAUGCUUCAGAGCCUCUUCUUGAAGGGCGAGCAGCCCACGAGCGGCUGGCGCGCCCUUGGGGAGGUGCUCUGGCUCCCCGUGCUGGGCCGCGGCCUGGCGCGCGCACAGCGCCUGGUCUGCUGCAGCUACCUGGGCUGCCCGGCGGCGAGUCUGCGCCGGGCCGCGCUGCCGUGGCCGCUGCGCUUCGUGGAUCCCUGGUACCUGGAAGGCUGUGGCCUGGGCUGGGAGGCUUUCCUGGAGCAGCUGGGAGUGCACACCUUGCAGCUGGCCCCGGCGUCGGCGCGAAUUCAGGCACUGCCGUCCGCAUCCUCGAACAGCCGCCUGCCACGGGUGGAAGCCUCGAGGACAUGGGCGCAGCGCAAGUUGGAGGCUCUGCAGCGCAUGCCCCUGGCUGAGCUGUUGGGCUCCGUGCAAAGACCGCAGCUGGGGCCCACGCAACGUCUGCAGGUGCCGGAGGAGUGCCUUGGCUGCAAGGACCUGGGGGCUCGCCUGGUGUCCGUGGAGUGGUGGCGGGAGCUGCUGCAACGGAGGCCCGCCUUCCAGUACCUGCAAAGGUGCCUGGCAGAGGACCACGCGGAGCUUCGGAAGCUCUGGGUUCACCGCCCUGGAGCGGAGCUGAGGCAAGUCUGGGAGUUUCUGCUGCAGGGCAGCGACUUGGCGCAGCUGGCGGGCCACUGGCUGCCGGUGGCGCAGUUUCCGGAGGGCGACGAAGAGGCGAGGGGCUGCCUUCUGCAGCUCGUGCUGAGCAAGGCCACCCCGGAGAACCUGCUGCGUUGCCUCCGCGCUUUGGAGAGAUGCCAGGACGUGGGCGUCUACGUGGCCAUGUACCGGCGCCUCAACAGCUCCCCGCUGGCGCCGGAACAGCUGGAUGAGCUGCGGAGCCUGCUAUUCGUCCCCGGCUCCGGCAUGCUGGCAGCCAGUGGCUGCAGCUGGCACAGCACGCCCUUGCUGGAGCUGGCCGAGGUGGCCGUGUUGGACGUGCACUACGCGCGCCAUGGCCUUGAGGACUUCUUCGCAGGACUGCUGCAGCCGGAGUUCCAAUUCGACUGCCCCACCUUGCUGCAUGCCCUGCGGCGCCUGGUGGAGCGGGUGCAUUCCGGGGAGGCGGCGCUGCCCGGGGGCCACGAGCUGGACGGCCUCCUGGAGAUGGCCACGGAGAUCUACUCGCAGCUGGCUGCCUGCUUGAAGACGGAGCCCUCUGAGGUCCAGGGCCUCCGCCGCGCCUUCCGCACCGAGCGCCUGGUGCUGCUCAGGCCCAAGCUGCGCAGUCAUCCAAAGCGGCUGAUGCCGGAGGAGGCGUGGUGGGACACCCACCCGGAGCUCAGUGAGUUGGAGUCUGUGCAGAGCUUGUCGCUCAAGAACUUCUACCAGGAUCUCAGGGACUUCUUCCUGGCCCUCGGAGUGCACCAGGAGAUCACCCGCGCCGCGCUGAAAGCUCUGCUGGAGCGGCCGACCCAAGUCAGCUCCUCACGCUGGACUGGCCUGGACGUGUCCGACGUGGAAGACUUGGGACUGCUCCAGACCAGCAGCAACUUCCGGCCUCCAGACUGGCGCGCGCCAGACGAGGAGGAAGCACCGGAGCAAGCGCCGCAAAGAGGCGCCGAGCCAAACGACUUCCAGCCUCCUCGCGGCGGCCCGCGCGUGCCAGCCAUCCGCUCCUCCGAGGAGUUGCGCCGCAUCCAGCAGGAAGAGGAAGCUCGGCGCGCGGCGCGGCGUCGCCAGAAUGAAGCGAGCGAUGUCAUCUACGCGCCUCCGAGCGCUGGCGCCGGCGCCGGCGCCGAGCCCGGAGCUACCGACUCCAACUCUGCAGCCUCCGCAAGCAAUAGGACUCCUAGCGGCGCGGAGAGCCAUGCGAAUGGCAACUCGCGCGAAAGCAAGAGUGAGGAGAAGGUGCCUGACGCAGAAUCCGAGUCCCUGGCGCUGCUGCAGCAGCGCUUGGAGCAGCUGUCCCGGGAGUGCGAACGGCGGCAGCAGGAGUCGUUUGAGCUUCGGAGCCGCUGGGCGCAGGCUGAAGACGAUGCUGAGAGGUACAUGAAGAUCCUGCAGCAGUUCUGGGAUGCUGACCACCGACUGCGCGAUGCCAGCUUCGAGCAGAGGGAGCUCCGCUCGGGCGAGGUGCGAGGCUCCGAGCCGGAAAUGGACGCUGCCUUUGUCCUGCACAGCACCGGCCUGGGCGGCGCCAAGCUAGGGCGGCCGCAGCAGUGGUGGGAGUGGCGCGAGCUUCUGGUGGGCGUGAUCCUGUGGGCAACGCUGACCACCUCCGUUCAGCACUGCGUGAGGCGCUGGCGCCGGCGACGGCGGCCACGACUGCUGACCAUGGUGUUGAAGGACAUUUUCGUGACCUUCACCGCGUUCGUGCUGACGGCGCAGCCCUGCCUGUGGCUCUGGGCUUUCCUCUUCGGCCCCUUGCGGUGCCUGGUGCCGGGCCAGGCACAUCCCCCGGUGCGCUGGGAGGAGCUCACGUCGCUGGCCAUUUUGCUGUGGCUGCUGCUACGGAGCCUGUACAUUUGCUGGCAUGGCAGGACCCAACGACUGUACUCUCAGCAGCGCCUGGAUGCGGUGCUGGCGGCGUUGGUGACUGCGCCGUCUGAGGACCUCAGCAUGGAGAUGGACUUCGAGCAGGACGGCCAAGGUCUCUCUCCCGAGGCAGUGGAGGAAAUGCACAGGCUGCGGAAGGCGCUGCUGGACAGUCGUCUGGCGGAGCUGCGGAAAGCGCUCCACGCCCCGCUGCGGCCGCAGUCGCUGCAUCUCUUCGUGCGCCGCAGCCAGGUGCUGCAGGACUCCUUGAGCAUUUUCUGGCAGUGCCCGGCUACCGAGCUGCUGGCCCCCAACAUGUCCGUGUCCUUCGACGGGGAGAAGGGCAUUGAUGCCGGUGGCCUGUUGAGGGAUUGGUUUGACUCCAUUGCCAUGGCACUGGUGGACGAGGCCUCCCCCUUGGCCGCAGAAGCCGACGGCCUGGCCCCGCGAGGUCCUGACAGCGGCUAUGGGCAGCAGGAGCUGAGGGGCUUCGUGGCCCUGGGCCGGUUCCUGGCCACCGCGGUGCUGAGGGGCCACCCCUUGCCUUUGCAGCUCAGCUCCCUGUGCUGCAAGCGGUUGCUGAUGGCCCCAGUGUCGCUGUCCGACCUCAUGAAGACGGACCCGGACUUCUUUCGGCACCGCGUGCGGCCGCUGCAAGAGCCCGGCGGCCUCGAGAAGCUGGAGACCGCCCUGGGGGAGCCGCUGACCUUCAUGUCGGCGCCCGGGGGAUCGGACCAGGUGAGGGCGCUGCUGCCUAUGGGUCACUUGCUCCGUGUCCAUGAAGGCAACCGCCCGGAGUACCUGCGGCUGCUGAGCCAGGAGCGCCUGGUGGGGGGCCGCCGCAAGAGCCUCGCGGCGCUGCAGCAGGGCUUUUGGGAUGUGCUACCCCUGCACCUCCUCCAGCGGCAGCGCGUGCAGGGCUGGCAGCUCUCGCUGCUCAUCUCCGGCUGCGCUGACCCGGACCCCGAGGAGUGGCGCCUUCACAGUAGCACCCGCGCUGCGAAUGCGCCGCAAAAGAAGGUGGUCGAGUGGUUCUGGGAUGCUGUGCAGAGCGACCUCACAGCGGAGCAGCGGUGCCGGCUGCUGCGCUUCGCCACCGGCUCCAGCCGCCCGCCCCCAGGCGGUUUCGCAGACCUGCGGCCGCCCUUCGCGGUGGAGGUGACAUCGCUCGGCUCAGAGCAGCACCUUCCCACGGCGCACACCUGCAUCAACAAGCUGGUGUUGCACUUUUACAGCUCCAAAACCCAGCUCCUGGAGAAACUCCUGACAGCGCUGGUGGACGAGUCGUUCGGCACACCCUGAGCCGUGCGCAGACCCGUAGACCCUUUGCCUUGCAAAGUCACUUUCAAGUCGCG